AUGAAUCUUGACGAUCCAAAAGACAAGGUCAUUAAUAUCAAAAUGGAACUGGAUUUUGAAGGUUCCCCAAAAGAAACACAAGUAUCGUCAGAUUCAGAACUUGAGGAUCUCCCGACAAGAAAACUGGUAUCCCGACUUUCAGAACCUGGGGGAUUUUCGAAAGCAGAACUGAUAUUCCCAGACACGAGGGAUAUCGAUCCUGGGGCUUCUCUGAAUCUGACUUCCCAAAUGAUCUUAAGACCAUCAGGUGCAAGAAUGAUCAACAACAGACUGACCUUUACAAAAUUUGAGAACAAAUCAAAAGUGAUGAAUGCGCUUGCCAUUAAACUUGGACUUUCUCCCGCUCUUAAGUUUUACGAUGUUUGUUCAUUUACUGGAACGGAUUCAUUCAAGAACAUCCCUCGUCCAGUCUAUGCUCUCCUAUUUUCCAUACCAUUCACGUCUACCUGGGAAUCAAUGACACGUGCAAAGGAGAUGGCAAAACUACCUUAUAAAGGGAGCGGACCUGAUCAGCCUGUGAUUUGGUUCAAACAAGCAAUUGCUGGUGCUUGUGGCUCUAUGGGUCUCUUACAUUGCCUUUUAAAUGGACAGGCUCAUAGAUAUGUUCUGCCCGAUACCGUAUUAUCUAGACUCUAUGAACAAUCUAUUCCUUUAGGACCUGAUGAUCGAGCAACGAUGUUAUAUAACGACCAAAAGUUCGAAGAUGCUCACCAGGCCAUUGCUAUUUUGGCCGAUAAAGCAUCAACAGAAAAAGUUGAGAAGUUGAACCGACAUUAUGUGGCUUUUGUGAGGGGAGAAGACGGGUCAUUAUGGGAGAUGGAUGGAAUUAGAGGGGGUCCUAUUCGUAGGAAGCCAAGACUGGAAGAGCAUGAAGAUCUUUUGACUGACGAUAUAUUGAGACUUUGUAUGGGAGGGUUUGUUGAUGCUGAAAGUGAUGAGGAUACUAUGUGUAGUUGCAUUGCCCUUGCUAAAGAUCCGACUGAGGCUGUAACUUUGCCUUUGAAUUCUCUUAGUCGCGGUCAUUUAAUGAAUGAGAGAAGCGAAGGUGUACAACCGCGUACUUUUUGGGAUCCAGCUUGGUAUGGACCUGAUCAUUGGUCCCAAUAA